CACCUCCUGGGGUCGAUGCUCUCGCGCCCACGACGCUGACCACUGUAGCGACGACUACCGCGCCCACAUCUUAUAAGCUAUACCCAACAGACGGUUUUUACGAAAUUACGAUAUCACGACCUCUGACGACCCAGACAUGUUCUCAGAACAUCGACUCGAAUCUCCCCCGCCAACUUCGCGCUUCCGACGCCCAUGGUCUCCAGAUCCAUAUGACCCUCUUCCGUCGACCUCCAACCUAAGAAGCCACGGGUUUGCAGCUCCGAACCAGGCAGGCUUUUAUGCUGCUGAGCAGCGCCGAGAGCCAUCCGAUGUGUCCGUAGAAGCACUCGAUCUCGCAGACUACGCGCACACACUCAACCGGAACGAGCAUUACUUGGCUCAGCACCCACCGUUCCAGCCGUACGACCCAUACCCGCCGUCUCCGCAGCCCUUUCGGCCGUUGGCUCGGACAGACUCGCUCAGUCCGCCUUCCCUUGUCUCGGCCUCCGCUUCUAGUUCGCAGUCGCACUCGUUCUCGCCACGCUCCCCAGUGCGGCGUCCAUUCUCCCUGCCUCCGCCUUCCUUUCCCACACGCUCGCACCACAGCGACCCAUCCUCGGCACAUUGGUCACGGCCCCGAGAAGAACCUCAGAUCGCGAGCCCAGGCUCUGAGAUCGACAUCGCACAGUUCCCAUCGUUCGCGCGAGGAUGGUACGCCCAGGACCGCCCGGGCCCGCAACACCCGCUCUCCCCACCUACCCUACUGGAUGACAGAGGCGUCAAGGACCAGCCCAAACCGUCUCCGUUCGACCCGGCUUAUACCUUCGAACAUGACCCGUUUCACGAGCCUUACUCGUCACCUCCACCAACUUACCCAUAUAGCUCGGCGUAUGGCUCGCAGUCCCGAUACUCACGCGACCAGAACAUGGUCCCUUGGGGAGGCGAUCCACCGGACGGAGACCGCCCAAUCAACCCGGAGACCAAAGAGGAGAGGAUGCGAAUGCUGGAGCGAGAGUUUGGGGGGAAGGGUGGGCCGAAGGACGAGGGCGAGGCGGAGACUAUGGUGGGCUGCAUCGACGAGCGAGGGCGGCUUAUCACCCAAGGACCGAAGAAACGACUCGCCGUGCGGUGGGUGCAAGCCCUGCUCGCGCUGACCGCCGCGAUAUCCUCUAUAUAUGCUGCACUGAUCAUCAAGCCGCCUUCUCCGGCCCCGCCUGCGAACAAGCUGCCCGCGUACUUGCUCUACGUGCUCUCGGUUCUCACGUUCCUCGGGUGCACAUUCCUCUUCCUCAUCUACCCAUGUUGUUGCGGCGCCCGGAAACAGAAGGGCGGACCGUAUAUGGCUGGCCCUAGUGGGAUGAUGGUCCUUCCAGUGCAAGGCCUUCCCGGGGGAAAGCACAAGAAGAAGGGGAAGAAGGGCAAAGGUGGUCAAGGCGAGGGUGUCCAGGUCAACCUCAUCGUGGACCCCUCCAUGUUCGGGCGCGAUAGGGAACGCGGGCGGGAAGAGGACGAAGAAGAGGACGAGGACGGGGGGGAGGCGCUGCCGGGAUCGUACGCCGGCUCGUCGAGUGCGGCGCGGCAGAGGAGGCCCCCACGACGUCGGGGGAUCUUCGCAGGACUGGCGAUGGAAGAGCAGUGGAAGCACGCGCGGAAGAUGCUCAAGUGGGGCACGACGGUUGACGUCCUCGCGCUGCUCCUAUGGGGCACGGAGUUUGUCGUGAUACUCCUCGGCAAGCGGUGUCCGGUUGGUGCCUUUGAAGGAUGGUGCGAUGCAUACAAUCUUGCGACCGCCGCAUCAUGCUUGCUUUGCCUCGCGUUCGGUUUCAGUAUAUUCUUCGACGUGAAGGACCUGCACGGUAGCCGGGCGUCGCCUCGUACACGGACAUGACCUCGGUCCUGCUUGAGCUCGUUGCUUUGCAUUGGCGUGGAUUAUCGUACUUUUGACUACUUGACACUCACCGGACUCUACCGCUACUUAUCACGAUUUACGACCCAUUUACGACAUCUGACUUAUUGCUAUCUGGCUCGUGUAGCCGCAAUGUAUCGCUUUCUCUGGUUCAAC